CCAGCUCAUUUUUCAGCACGCAGGUACUAACUUUUUCUCUUGUUGUACGUGUGAGUGAACUGGGCGUCUGCUUCAAAUAAAUUAAUUUUUCCUGUAGAAAACCGUUGAACAAUUAAUAAACUAAAAAAGAGAACAAGUGAAAUGGCUGAUUUAAACGAUUCAAAUGGAAACUACGACGACAAUGAUGAGCAAAUUUCUGAGCCCGAGCAACUCCGCAAACUGUUCAUUGGCGGUUUGGACUACCGAACCACCGAUGAGGGCCUUAAAGCUCAUUUUGAGAAGUGGGGAAAUAUCGUCGAUGUCGUGGUCAUGAAGGAUCCCAAAACAAAACGUUCUCGCGGUUUCGGCUUCAUUACUUACUCACAGUCAUAUAUGAUUGACAAUGCGCAGAAUGCACGUCCUCAUAAAAUCGAUGGACGCACUGUAGAGCCAAAGCGUGCUGUGCCACGACAGGAAAUCGAUGCACCCAAUGCCGGCGCCACGGUUAAGAAACUGUUUGUAGGCGGUCUGCGGGACGAUCAUGACGAAGAAUGCCUGCGCGAGUAUUUCAAGGAGUUUGGACAAAUUGUGGGCGUGAAUAUUGUGUCCGAUAAGGACACGGGCAAAAAGCGCGGCUUUGCGUUCAUUGAGUUCGAUGACUACGACCCCGUGGACAAAAUUAUCUUGCAGAAGACGCACACCAUCAAGAACAAAACGCUUGAUGUGAAGAAAGCAAUUGCCAAACAGGAUAUGGAUCGUCAAGGUGGUGGUGGCGGCGGCGGGAGCGGCCGCGGAGGUCCUGGUGGACGUGCCGGCGGACGAGGUGGUGAUCGCGGCGGCCAAGGCGGCGGCUGGGGUAACAAUCGUCAGAAUGGUGGCGGUAAUUGGGGCUCCGGCGGCGGAGGCUUUGGUAAUAAUGGCAACUUUGGAGGCAACCAAGGCAGCUCUGGCGGCUGGAACCAACAGAGUGGUCCGUGGAACAACCAGGGCGGUAACAGCGGCGGCGGUGGUGGCUGGAACAAUGGUGGUGGCGGUGGCUACAGCGGCGGCGGUGGCAACAGCAACGGCAACUGGGGCGGUGGCAGUGGUGGCGGCAGCUUCAGCAACGAUUACCAACAGAGCUACGGUGGUGGCCCACAGCGCAACAGUAACUUUGGCAACAAUCGCCCAGCGCCUUACAACCCAGGUGGCUUUAACAAGAGUGCUGGCCAAGGCGGCGGCGGUGGCCAGGGCGGUUUUGGCGGUGGCAACAAUUACAACACUACUCAAGGCGGCAAUAUGGGUGGAAACAGACGUUACUAAUCAAGGUAAACACUUACAGAAUCAGUUCAAGCUAGACAAACAGGCAGUCUAGGCGCAGGCAGUGAGACAGGCAGAGGCAGAAGCAGAGGCAGGCAAUCAAUGACAGUGAGAGGCAGUGAAAUUUGGGCAAGGCAAGGCAGGCAGACAAGAUAAUGAAUGAUUUGAAUAAAAGCCAGUAAGCAGCAGCUAUGCAGUUAUCAGGCAAUCGACAUUGAUUGCCCUCAAGACCAGCCAAAGCAACUAUCUAAACCCGAUAAAAAAGCAAGAAACUCACUUCAAUCAACAAUGUCAACAAUUUAUUGCUAAUGUCUUGUCUCUCAGUCUAUACCUACAUUUAAUUUUUAUUAUCAAUUCGUGUUUAGGAUUUUAAGAACCUUGAUGAACGCUUAGUUUUAACUAAAUUAACCACACUACACAACAAAAAACAACAUAAAAAAAAAGAAAAACAAAAACCUAUCCGAAAAAUAUACUAAAACUAUAUCAUUUUAUUUAUAAAAUUGACUAUUUGAAAACGCAUCUUAUUCAGCAAUUCUCUUUGAGAAUCCAUGCAUGCGGAUAAAGUUGCCCGAUUUUUGUGGCCAGCAGUGUUGAACCUAAAUAAUACCUAUAUCAAAAAGAAAAUCAAAGGUAUUGUACCUUGAAUAUUCGAUUUAGAUGCAAUUGUCUCAUACUUUCCACAAUUUAAUUUUAUAGCAAAUCAAGAAAUAUUUUUUAAUUAAACAAAUAUAUAGAAAGAAAACUAUUUUGUAAUAAAUUUUUAUAUGUUAAGCUCUUCUAUCUAUAUAUAUGAUUUAAUAUUAUUAUCUGAGAAAAAAGAAUAUUGAAAGUAACAAAAACCUGUUAAACCCAAUAAGGAGACCCGAAAAUGAUUGUACAAAUGAAUUACAUCAUUUUAUUGCUUGCAGAAUGCAGAUUUGAAUUAUCCAUUAAUCAUUACAUACCAAUUUUUGUUAGUGUAUAAGACGUAUAUAGCUGCUACACUAAUUAAUACUUGGUACAAAGAACCAAAAGCAAAAAUUUAUUCUGUAUUUAGUACGUUACGAGGUUAAAACAAAAUCAAGAAAGAGAUAAUAAAAUUAAUGUUACCCACCCACGAA